GCGACUUCGGCGAUGGUCGUGGAGGCCCCAUCGCUCGCUCACUGGCGCACGUCCGGGCUCUCUCUACUGGACCUGCGUGAGGACAACGAGCAGGUCUACGUGCUGACGUGCGAUCGCGUAGUGCACAUUCCAUGGUCGGCGCAAAAGGCGCGCUGCCACGAAUACCCGGCGCGACAGGUCGCCUUUGGCCUCCUCUGCCCACGCGACAGGACAAAGGCGCACGCCCAAGUCGACUGGUUCCUCUCCGAGACGAUUCGACCCCAGCAGUUGCCGUGGCGCCAUCUUGCGUUUUUCAUUGUCGAUGCGACCGACAUCGCAGCCGAAGCCCACGCCCUGGACCUCACCGGUGCGCAGACGCCACUCUUCCCGCAACCGCGCCUAUGGUCGCCCAACGCGCUCCUCUUCGAACUGGUGCCGGUCGUCGCUGGUGCCAAGGCGCCGUCGAACGCCGCUGUGCUGGACCUCGCUUGUGGCUCGGGUCGCGACGUGGUGUACUUUGCUGAAGAAGUGCUCGCGACAGACACACCGGACCUUCCACACCGGUUCGUCGGUGUCAACGACAACCGCAUGGGCCGCAAGAAGGGCCUUGCGCUCGCCGCCUGUCGUGGCGUCGCCAAGGCCGUGGACUUUAUCAAGAUGGACCUCCGCAGCGUCGGGCCCAUCUCGCAGUACGCGUGGGGUCCACUUCAGUGUAUCUAUGGCUGCCGCUUCUUGAACCGGCGGCUCUUUGCGGUCAUCCGCGCCUUGUUACCGGUUGGCGGUGUCGUUGGCUGGAUGCAGUUUUGCGCGCCGCCCGAUGGGAGUCCGUGGCGCUGGACGACCCCGAGCAAGAUAUCGGACAUUCUCAAGCUCGGCGAACUACGCAGCCACUUUGACGACUGCUUUGAGAUCCUCGUCGACAAGGUCGUGCUCGAUUCGGACCACGGCCGUCCCAUGAAUGUCUUUAUCGCGCGCAAGCGCAUGCGCAACACGACCGGCGCCUUUCUUCUCUAGUCCCAGACGGUAUGAUGCGCUGUAUAAUCGAUUAUACUAUACUUUGAGGACUGGGUUAGCGGCUCUAUCGAUCCCAGUUUUGUUGGUC